AUGUUUUUCUAUGACUUCCAAUUAUCCAUUCUAAACACUCUAUACAAAUAUUUAGAUUUCAUGAUAUUACUGCAAGGCGAACACUCAAAAUAUUACAAAUGUGACCCGGAAAAGACAAUUUGUCAGAAUUUAGAACACGCGAAAAUCAUUGACUAUCCACAUUUUACGAUUGUUUCGAGGGAGAAGUUGGAAUCGUAUAACAUAAUAGAACGGGUUGUCAUCGCUGACCAGUAA